AUGGAUCUGGGAAAGACUGAUCAGUGGCAGAAACCGGGGUUUAGGACAAUAAAGAUCAAUACAGAUGCGGCCUGGUGUAAGGAUUCGUUGCGCGUGGGAGUGGGAUGGGUUGCUCAUGAUUUCGCAGGCGUGCUGCCGGCAGCGGGAGCCUCGAGAGAGAUGUACUAUCACUCUGCAUUAGCGGCGGAAGCUGUAGCAAUCCGGCAAGCUUUGGAGGUUUGUGGUGACAAUGGCUUUGACAAUGUGAUUGUUGAGUCUGAUGCAAAGGUGAUUAUUCAAAUGAUUAGGAAGGAAUUGAUGCAUGAUUACAGUCUUGAAUGUAUCCUUGGUGACAUUGAGAUUAUAGUGCGAAGGUUGAGGUCGGUGACGUUCAUCUUUGUGUCUAGAGAAUGCAAUCGUGUUGCACACUCGGUGGCUAAGUAUGUGUUUAAGAAGAGGCGAUCUUUGCGAUAUUUUGUAUGA